AUGAGCAGCAGCCCCAAAGCUGAACCCCCUGAGGGGUCUAAAACCAAUGGAAUUUCCAAAGGGGUCAAUACAGACCUCAGAGGGUUUAUUCAUUGCCAUUUACCAAGAUUUUCAUGCAAACAUGGAAUGAUUCCACAACUGUAUGUGAUGCCCUGGAAACAAGAUAUGAAGUACCGAGCAUUACAUUUGCAGCACGCUGAUCAAGUUGAACUAUAUAGUAGGGCCCGUGAAGACACCCUAUUUCUAGAGAAAAGUGAGAGACAUUGCCAUGGGGAGGACCGAACGAAACUUAUGCAGAAAGUUCCACAAGAAGAAUUUAUUGUGGAUAUUCCCAUUUAUUCUCACCUCUCCAAAUACCAUAAAUCCAUGGUGGCUUACGGCUUCAGGAUCAAACUGUAAGAUUCUCAUCUUCCAUUGGGAUUUCAUCAGCUGUACAUAAACAAUGUUACAAGGGAAAAAAAACGUGUGUUUGCUUGGUCUUUUUCCUAAU